UUAUUUUUAAGUUUUAUAACAAACUAAUUUACUAAUUAUGAGUUGCAUUAAUUUAUUUAGUAUUAAAGUUGUAGCUAUUUGUCUUAACUUGGCUACAAUUUACGCAUUUCAUCUAACAUCUAACCAGGAUUUACUAAAUAAUCCUGAUGAAAUAUAUGCUUGCGGUGGUUAUAGACAUUUAGACCGCGAUUAUGCUAACUGUAAUAAAUAUAAUAUCCAGACUAAUGAAUGGGAAUCGAUUGAAUCCCUGUCCAUUGCACGCAAUUUGUUUAACCUAGUUGCAUUCAAUAAUAAACUAUAUGCCAUUGGCGGAAAUCAUGAUAGCGAUAAUCUAGAUAUUAAUGAAGUUUAUGAUCCAAACACUGGCAAUUGGACUUAUACAGCAUCGUUAAUUACUAAACGAUUUGGUGCGGGCGCUGAUGUACUAAACAAUAAAAUAUAUGUUUGCGGCGGUCGUUCAGAUAAAAAUGGCGAUGGCCAAGAAAUUAGCUCAUGUGAGUCCUAUUCAACCGAAACCGGUAAAUGGCAGUCAUUGGCGCCGAUGUCUGUGGCCCGAAGUUUUCACGCACUGGUAGCCCAUGAGGGCUAUCUGUAUGCCAUCGGUGGCGAAUCAAAAGAAACUGUCGAACGUUACGAUCCGAAAACCAAUUUGUGGACACCGGUAGCUUCGCUGACACAGAAAAGAUCACUACCCGGUGCCGUAGUCUAUAAUAACAAGAUCUAUGUGUGCGGUGGCGUCACAUUUCAUGACAAAGAUCCCAGCAAUACAUGUGAGGCAUACGAUACCAAAACCAACAAAUGGACACAAAUCGUUGAGUUGGAUUCAAACAAAUGGGAUUUACAUUUACUGGUUAAUGAUGGUCGACUGUACCUGGCUGGUGGAAAGGAUGAAAAUAUAAUUGAAUUAUUUAACGAUAAAUCAAAAUUAUGGAAAAGACAAACUAUAAUGCCACUUGAUUAUUAUGGACAAGGGGUGGCAAUAUUAACAAGCAAAUAAUCAUGAAAUACCAUAGAUUCAUCAUGAUAAUAUUUAUAAUAAUUUUAAAUUUUAAUAUUUAACUUACUAAUGAA